UGGCCACGUGGUCCUGUCUAAGGGUGCGAGGGUAUGCGGUCCGCGUGUGCAUCGGUUGGUUAAUUGAGUAGGGGUCAAGAUCCGCGCGAACGCGUAUUCGACGUUGAUAUGAUCAUGUUAUGGACAUAUCACCAUGGCUGAAGGAAAUGGUGAUGCCACUGUCAUUGAGGAGCCAACUGGCUGGGAGGAGCAGCCUUCCAGUGCAAUCAAGGUGGAGUCAACUGGCUGGGAGGAGCAGCCCAGCAAUUCAAUCAAGGCAGAGCCAACUGGCUGGGAAGAGCAGCCUGCCAAUUCAAUCAAGGCGGAGCCAGCUGGCUGGCAAGAACAGCCCGCCACUGUAGACAAGGUGGAACCACCUGUUGCAGAAGAGAGAACUGAAGAUUACCAGAAAUUGAUACAACUUGGCCUGAAUGAAAAAGUUGCUGCAAAGCUUGAUGAGAUCUACAAGACAGAAAAGCUGGUCCAUGCUGACCUUGAUGAGCGAGCUCUAGAUGCAUUGAAGGAGUUUCCAGUUGGUGGAGCUUUGACAGUGCUCAAGCAGUUUGUGGACUCAAACUUAGAGCAUGUGUCAAACAAAUCAGCUUACCUCUGUGGGGUCAUGAAAACUUAUCGCCAGAAGAGCAAAGCGCAAGGGCCAACAUAUCCAUCAACACUGGGGCCUGAUGAGGAGAAAAUUAAGGCAAUUCUGGACAGAACUGGGUUUACUCUGGAUGUGACCACUGGCCAGAGGAAGUAUGGUGGUCCACCCCCUAACUGGGAAGGCAAGCAGCCAGGUGCUGGAUGUGAGGCAUUCUGUGGGAAAAUCCCUAAGGAGCUGUUCGAGGACGAGCUGAUCCCAUUGUUCGAGAAAUGUGGGGACAUAUGGGACCUCCGGCUGAUGAUGGACCCCAUGACUGGCCAGAACCGUGGCUACGCCUUCGUGACGUUCACCAAUGAGGAUGGUGCAAGGGAGGCUGUCAAGCAGCUCGACAAUUACGAAAUCAAAAAGGGGAAGACACUCAAAGUUAAUAUCAGUGUGCCCAACCUUCGCCUGUUUGUUGGAAAUAUCCCCAAAUCUAAAGGCAAAGAGGAGAUCAUGGAAGAAUUUGGCAAACAUACAGAGAGUCUGGUCGACGUCAUCAUCUACAGUUCGCCUGAUGACCGGAAGAAGAACCGUGGCUUCUGCUUCCUGGAGUACGAGACGCACAAAGCUGCCUCGUUGGCAAAGAGACGGCUGAGCAGCGGCCGUAUCAAGGUCUGGAGCUGUGAUGUUAUUGUGGACUGGGCCGACCCGCAGGAGGAACCUGACCGAGAUGUCAUGGCCAAGGUCAAGGUACUGUAUGCCCGGAACCUGACCCAAGAAUGCACGGAGGAUGCUCUGAAGCAAGCAUUUGAGGUGCAUGGGAAGAUUGAGCGGGUGAAGAAGAUCAAGGACUAUGCCUUCAUCCACUUCGAGGAAAGAGAGAAUGCCUUGAAGGCAAUGGAGAACCUGAACCACACCGAGCUGUGCGGUUCCACGAUCGAUGUCUCCCUGGCGAAACCCCCGUCAGACAAGAAGAAGAAGGAAGAGAUGCUCCGGGCCCGGGAGAAGAGGAUGAUGGACAUGAUGGCUCAGCGGGGGUUCCCCGUCUUCCCGCCGAGCAUGGGCAUGGGCCAUCGCGGCGGCUACAUGCGUGGUGGUGUCGGGGGUGGUCGUGGGGCCAUGGGUCGUGGCGACUAUGAUGUCGGUUAUGAUAACGAUUACGACGCGUAUGGAUACGGAGGGUAUCGAGGUGGCUACAGCGAUCCGUAUUACGACGAGUACUAUAACGACGAAUAUUCGUACGAUUAUCCGGCAAGCUACAUGCCUCCGAGAGGAAGGGGCAGACCUCCAAUGGCUGGCCGCUCGCGUGGGGUUAUGGGAGCUCGUGGUCGCGCCGCUGGCCCGCCGCAUGGGACUCCCAUGGCGAGGGGUAUAACAACUGGUCGUGGAAUGGCCAGGGGUAUGCGCACUGGGGCGGGCAGAGGGGCCGCCAGGGGACCAGGCUUACCAGGUAAGCGGAAAUUCGAAGGCGGUCACCAGAACCAGGGGGAUUAUAAGCGGCGCCAGACCAAUGCCAACUGGGGUACCACUCCCAUCCCGCAGCAGCCGCUGCGUAACAGCCGUUAUCGGGGCUACAGCGACGACGAAUUCUACGUGGAUUCGUACGGCGGGCAGUGGUAGCCGGCAGACGCGCGCGUGGCGCGGCGCUCGCGCCCCGCGCCGUCGGUACCAACUGUAGCGAUGAGACGGCCACGAGCAAGCCAUGCCACUAGAUCUCAUGUGAUGGACGGAGUGGAGACGCUAGCAGCGUCGUGUUCGGAGCGAGUUGCUUCGGCCCGUCCAAGCUUCGGCUGUGGGAGGCGGCGGUGCGCCAGCUCAGCUGGCCUAUGUGGAGGCGGGGAGGGGCAGUUUGUCAGUAAUUUUGGUUCGAAAAGCUGUUAAACCACGUUCGAAAGACGAAUUCAGUCGACUCCGUUGUGUUUGGCGUUCGGUUUGGGGCUACACGAUCCCCUAGGUCUGGUACGAGUGGCCUCGAAAGUGUCUGAUUUUCUUGUUGUCUUGGGCUCCCGUUAUGACUGAGCUGUGAAGUGUCCCACUUAGUGAGCUUUGUAGUGGAAGUCAUUCGCAGUCCCGGCACGGCUUCCGAGACGGGGCGAUGCCUGUGGCUCCUCUGUAAAUAUUGUGUAUGACGAGUGCUCAAUGCUUCUCUAAUUUCUUAAUCGGUUUUAGGCAUCCCGGAAACGAGUGAGCUGUUUAAGUUAAUGCCUCAGAUCGACCUCGGCGAUGUGUCCACCGCAGGUGUAUUUUAAUAUCUGAGUCCCAUUUCCUCGGUCAUUUCGUUUUUCCUCUGACAAUAAACAGGAUUGGUGGUA